AUGGAAUACUCGGCGACUGCUGGAACGGACCAGGACUGGAGAGGUCGGUCUUUGGGGUUUCAUGUUCGGCAGCCACAGGCGACGCUUCGUGUCUGGUGUUUCGACAAUACGAAACACGGCGUAUUGUCGAAACACGGCGCGAAUGUGAAGAAACUAAGAAACGGCAAGUACCUGAAGCCGUGAAUACGACGGGGAAAUGAGUGAAGGAGACUGCACAUCUUGCGCCUGCGAGAUUGUCUUGUUGGGCGCGAAGGUCACGCCGGUAGGACAAGUACAUUCCACGCCUCCAGUAACGCACCGAUGGCAUUUUGGCUUGGUCAAAUCACUUAGACUAGGUACGAUACGGAAAAGGUCAGCGUGAUCAGUAGUCAGACUUUUGAACGAGCCACGAGGGAGAAUUAACCAUACCAGACGGCGAGUAGGCAACAGUAAAAGUCAGGAGCGCCUACAUUUUCGUCGCUUUUGUUUGCACUGGUAACACCCACCGCGACUACACCUCUGCUUUUGCCUCUUUGGGGAACCCGAGGCGGCACUUGCGAUUGCCCCAGCCGUCAGGGCUUCUGAUUCAUGAUCAGAACCCAUACAUCCGUGGGUAGGUUAGGUCUAGACUAGUGCUCAAAUCAGGACGAUAAGUGGCAGGUAGUAUGCCUGGUUUGACGGGGAAAAGAAAAGAAACGAAUGGGAACGAGCAGUUCGAAGACCUUUGAUUG